GGGCCAGGCCCUCCGCCUGCUCGCCCUCCGCGUCUGCCUCUCCGUGGUCCCGCUGCCCGGCCCCUGCUCAGCUCACUUUGCGGUGGUUGGACCCCCUGGGCCCAUUCUGGCCAUGGUGGGCGAAGACGCUGCGCUGCCCUGUCGCCUGUUCCCGAAGAUGAGCGCCGAGACCAUGGGGCUGAUGUGGGAGCGACCCAGCCCCAGGCAGGUCGUGUACGUGUACACGCCUGGGCAGGAAGACACGCCCGCAGCCGAGUAUCGAGGGAGAACGUCGGUUUUAAGGGAGGACGUCGCUGCGGGGAAGGCCGCUCUCCUGAUUCACAACGUCACAGCCUCUGACAGCGGGAACUACCUGUGUUACUUCCAAGACGGGGAUUUCUACGCGAAAGCCCAGCUGGAGCUGCAGGUGGCGGCGCUGGGCUCCGAGCCCCUCGUGGAAAUGCAGGGCUACGAGGCGGGAGGGGUCCGUGUGACGUGCAGCUCUGCCGGCUGGCACCCGCGGCCCCGCAUCGAGUGGAGAGACGCCAGGGGACAGAGCCUGCCCGCGGAGGUGGCGCCUGAGGCCGCGGACGCCCAGGGCCUGUAUGCGGCCGCAGCGUCUGUGAUCCUGGAAAGCGGCUCUGGGCAGGGGGUGUCCUGUGUCGUCAGCAACCCCCUGCUGGGCCAGGAAAAGUCCGCCAGGGUCUCCAUCGCAGGUCCCUUGUUCGAGAGCGCGCAGCCCUGGAAGGUGGCCCUCGCGUUGAGCCUGGUGACUCUGCUGUUGCCCCUGGUGGGGACGGGGUACUUGCUGAGGCGACAGCGGAAGCAGAUCCAGGCCCUGUCCCAGGAGGAGGGCAGAGCGCGAGCUGAGAAGGACGCAGCGCGGGCGGGCGAGCAGCGGGAGCCAAGGGCCCAAGAGAAGCUGCAGGAGGCGCUCCGGUGGACCGUCACCGGGUACCGACCAUGUGGGGAGCCGUCGCAGGCCUGUGCAGAGGACGUGGUUCUGGAUGUGGACACCGCACAGCCCGUGGUCCCUGUUCCUGAGGACGAGAGGAGCCCGCAGCCGGCGGGCGGAGAGAAGGCAGGGCCGGCCGGCCAACGCGGAGACAUGAGUUACAUUCCUGUGUGCGGGGCUGUGAGCGCAUCACGUGUGGAGACAAUUCUGGGAGGCGGGGGAGGGGACAGGGCGCAGCAGGAAGUUGGGGUGCACAAGGCGGACAUGGAGAGGAAAUGCUAGGUUAACAGGCUCGAGAAUGGAUUCUGGGUCCCAGGGCCGUAUCCUGGGAAUUAUGACCUCGUUCUCACGGUCCCCUGGAGUGAAGUGACAAAUGUCAACCCUCCUGAGAGAGCGGUGUCCUCCUGGACUCUGGGACGGGGAGGGCUCCGUCUACACUGCCCCCGAUGGAUCACAUGUCCUCUCCUCCGUCCCACCCCCUCCUCUGACCUCGGGGGCCUGUUUUCAGGGUCUGACGGGGGAGCCCACGGCCUUGAGCGUUUGCCCAGCACAGAAACCUGCGGGGGAUGAGCCCCCUCCCGUGUGCCUGAGCCUGGGCCUGGCCCUUCCCUGGGGACCCCGGUGGCCUCGGGCUCAGCUGAUGGGAUCAGGGACCCUCCCGCUGAGGAAGUACCUUUGCUUCUCGCUGCCCGGCCUGGCGCUGAGGGCGUCCUGCACAGCAAAGCGAGUCGGCAAGACAGCGCCCACUAAGAACACGCGCAGUGAUGGACGCCACUACCAUUCAUUCAUUUUUCCCCGUGAGAGAGGAGGAGACCGGGGUGCACACAGGAAAGCAACUCUCCUAAGGUGACUCGGGCCGCCGACAGCCCCAGGUGACGUUGGCAGAUGGCGCCCGUGUCCUGGGUGCCACACUGACGCCUCAGGGGGCUCUCGCUGCUCUCCUCACAACCUCCCGGUGCGGAGCCCGAUUUGACAGUGUGGACACCGAGGCAGGGUCCCGGUCACAGAUGUAUGAGAUCCACGCAGACGUAGCGCUGCUGGGAGAUGCUCGGCCUCUGCCCCUCCCUCUAGCCUGUCCCUGGUGGCCGAUUGUUCUGGUGGCCCGGGUGCCUCAUCCUCUGGCUUUGUAUCCAUGUCUUGUCCCUCCUUCCCCAGUUGGGGACAUGUCUAUGC